UCGACUUCCAACAGUUGUCCACGAUGUACGCCACUAUUGCUGCCAGUGUCUUGCUCACGCACGGUAUGUUAAUGAUUUCUGCAAGACCAGUCGGUUACAUUGAUGAUGUGCCUAUUGCUAUCUGCGCCUCUCCCGACGGCAAAGGUUGUUUCAGCAGCAAGUUCUAUGGUCCUCAAUCGUUACAGUAUCACUCUUGGAAUGAAAACGGGAAAAAUGUCUUCGGAUAUGCUUAUGAAGGACAGGCUGCAUAUAACGUUCGAAACGCACUCGGAAAUCAGGUUGGCAGCUGGGCCUACGUGAAUCCGGAGGGCAAAGAAAUAAACGUAGCCUACGUAUCCGAUUCUGACGGGUACCGCGUUAUGUCAAACGAUUUGCCCAUUGCUCCGACUGAGACACCAGAAGUUGCUGCUCUGCGCGCCGAACACAUGGCUGUUCAUGCCAGUAUCAGAAGUAAAACUACUCCUACCCUGAUUGUGGAAGAGAAUGCCAUUAGUGCUGAAUACGUUGAUCCGGACUACGAUGAAAUAAAUGCUGCGCAGAUAGAGUUUAUGAAGGUGUUCCGCGAGAUCCAAGCGCUGUAA